AUGCAGUUCGGAGGAACCCUGGCUCUACGUGUUGCAUUCGCUUCCCCGAACCUCAAUCUCAAAAGCGCACACGCUCGUGCAGAGCAAAACCCGACUGCAGUCACAAUGGACAAGAUCCGGUUCUACCAACCCCCAAAUCUCAUGAAUCCCUCCAAACUACUACAGAGCCCCAAACCUCCUGCAAUCCCCACACAGUUACAGCUCCCCAACCCCUCAGCACAGAGACCCAUUCCCAGCGCCGACACAUCCUCUUCCCUAUCCUGUCCCUCACAGCAGCUCAGACACCCAUUGCCCCCCCGCCCGUCCCCCUUUGUUUCAUCUCCCAUUUCUUCUCCGUCUGCAAGUCAACGGUCCCAGCCACCCGAAACUCCAGGAAAUGACUUCGACAGGAUUUUGGAGGAGAUCUCGUCAGAUGACGGCAGCCAACCUCUCUGCAGGAGUCGGAGAAACACCAACGACCAUGCUGCCACCUUCACCACCAGGUCGGACCUUAGCGAUUCUUCUGACGACCGCUUUGAUAUAACUAUUAAGGUGGAUGCGGCCGAAGAAAGUGUCCCUGAAGCCCGCCUUCAUGCAUACCGGUCAGGUGCAAGUAGAGAUGACCCCAUCGUCAUCGAUGACUCGAUGGAGAUUUGUCACGAUGAUGGAUUCACAGAAGAGUCUGUGGAUGCGCAGACGCCUCGGCCGUUGCCAUCCGCCAACAAGGCAUCCACCGAGAAAGGUGGCGAACCGGAUCCGAUGGCGGAUGGCAGUGCCGCAUUGACUCCGCGAGAAGUUUCGGAAACCCCCCCGCUUACCGUGAGUGAGUCGACCUCUUCUCGCGAUGCCCACACCCGCGUCUCUCCACGUCCACAGAGUCGAUCUCCUCCAAUCCCGGUUGAACGCGCGACCAAGGAGGAGUGGCCGGUAAGAAGGAUACUGGACUCCCGGAUCCGUGUGCGGGGGGACGAGGCAAUGCUGGAGUACCUUGUCGCAUGGAAGACUACCUGGCGGACCAGACAGGUACGCCAAUUGCGUUUCAGGCAUAUUGAGCUUCCUGCGAUCCCGGCUGUAUGCAACGGGACGAGGGAGGGGUGGCCAGUAAAGAAGAUACUGCAUUCUCGGAUCCGAGUGCGAGGGGACGAGGAAUCUCUGGAGGAUCAUGUCUCAUGGGAGUCUACCUGGCAACCGCGAAGCGAUCUGAUUCCAGGUUGCAAGAAGUUGGUCAGAGAAUUCCACGCAGAAUGGAAGAACAAGCGGCCUUCAUUGACUACUCUGGCGGGCUAUAGGCAUUUCAAGCAGAGACAGAGAUCGCGCAGGGGCGGUGGACGCAAGAUUGUAAAAUCAAUUGGUUAG